AACAAGCUGACUUCCGUGCUGAGAGCCACGUUUCCUAUGAUGUUCAGGCCCUGAUUGAGCAAAGUGGAAUGCCCUAUGAAAUUAUAAUUGAUGAUCUGCAGGAUGCCCUGGAAAAGCAGCGUGAUAGCAAUAUCCGUGCAGUACACAGCUAUGAGAAGUACAAUGACAUUGAUACGAUAAAUGCUUGGUCUGCUAACAUUGCUGCUCAGAACCCAGGAAUUGUGUCCCGUUCCCAGCUUGGAACUUCAUAUCAGGGUCGUCCUAUUUACUUGCUCAAGUUAGGGAAGAGUGGAACAAACAAAAAGGCGAUAUUUAUCGACUGUGGAUUCCAUGCAAGAGAAUGGGUCAGUCCUGCAUUCUGCCAGUGGUUUGUUAGGGAGGCUGUUAGCUCUUAUGGCACAAAUUCAGAAUAUACUACUCUCCUCAACAACCUGGAUAUCUAUGUUCUCCCAGUCCUGAAUGUUGAUGGUUACGCAUACACCUGGACCACAAACCGUAUGUGGAGAAAGACACGUUCUGCUAACAGUGGCUCCACAUGCAUUGGAACAGAUCCAAACAGAAACUUCAAUGCUGGAUGGUGCACUGCUGGAGCUUCCACAAGAGCUUGUGACGAUACGUACUGUGGCUCUGCCCCCGAAUCUGAGAGGGAAACCAAAGCUCUUGCUAACUUUAUCCGUAGCAAUAUUUCUUCUAUCAAGGCCUACCUGACCAUCCACUCCUAUUCUCAGAUGUUGCUCUUCCCCUACUCCUACUCAUAUGCUGUUGCUAAGGAUCACAAUGAACUGAAUGCAGUUGCUAAGGGAGCAGUUGACGCACUAACUUCAUUGUAUAAGACUAAAUACACCUACGGUGCUGGAGGCACAACAAUUUACCUAGCUGCCGGAGGCUCCGAUGACUGGGCCUAUGACGCAGGUGUUAAAUACUCCUUCACAUUCGAGCUGCGUGACACAGGAAGAUAUGGCUUUGCUCUCCCCGAAUCCCAGAUCAAGCCCACAUCUGAGGAAACUGUUCUGGCUGUAAAAUACAUUGCCAACUAUGUCCUGAAAAACGCAUAAUCACAUUGUAUUAAAAUAACAAGUUACAGUAUCAUGAAUCAAACAAUGAUUGCACAUCACCCUUUUUUAAUGUUUUCAUUUUAUUAUUUGUUAACUGCCUAGGUUUUAAUUACCUGUUGGGAAGAAAUAGAUGUAAAUGACUGAUAAGGAAAUACAGAUAAAAUAAAGGCAUUAGAAUGGAAUACAGUGCUUAUCCAUAAAU